UCGCCAUACCCGUUUGGGAUGUUCAGAUCUCUCGCAACCUCUCCGCAAGACACGGCUUGAUCAUGUGUGCUGCGGGAAAGAAUACGAGCCGGGCCACGGGUCACAUCUAAAUCAAGAAAAGCAGAGGUGGAAACGGCGGAGCGCUUGAGUCGAACAACGAUAUGGAUUCCAGCUUAAAGAGGCUAUGGACUCGACGCAAGAGCAAAGGUGGAGAUGCCAUGUUCGAUUCCAGUGUUGGCAGUCUCAGAAAGAGCCAGAGUCAGAGCACUGAUCAGACUGGAGGAUGGUCUAUAAAUGGCAGUCCAAGAUCGGCUUAUGCCCGGCCAGGCAGCUCAAUGGAAAGGGCCAACGGCCACCUCACACCCAAGUCCACCCCUACAAGCCCUAUGCGACCGACGUCGAGCAGCAGAAGACUUCCGAUGCUGGUGAGUGUCUCGCGACCAUCGACUUCCGCAUCGCGACCGGGAACGUCCGGGAGCGGCAGUCUGAUGAAGGCAGUUAGCCGCGCUGCUACCGAUGCAGUAACGAGGGCAGAACAAGAGUACAGGCAAUCCGCAGAAUACUACACGAGAAAUAACCGCCGGCAAAAGGCUCCUCGUUAUAUUGACAUCUUCUCCAUCUCCAAUACAAACGGAAAGAGUCCUACGAUGGGGUAUAAUGAGGACAUUGCGGAACGCAAUCUAGAUCUGGCUCGCGUUGCCCUCGAGGGAAACACUCGAACCCAUUCCACCACGGCCUCAAAGUAUGCGGAAGAAGUGGCCACUAGAAAUGCGUUCCCACCUUUACCUAGCAGUAGUAGCCUCGAAACACCGAUUGCGACCCCUCGACAGGACUUCGAUGAUAUGCAUACCGGAAUUUUGGAAUACACUAGCAGCAGCAGAAUGAGCGAUCAGUCACCAGUAUCUGGUGAAAGAGUCGAAGCGCCAGGACCAUAUAUACCCAACUCCAUCGAUGCCCGGCUGCCGAAUGAAUCAACGUGGGAAGCGCAGCCACGUUCUUACGGAUCAUCGGUGGAUGUACGAGGACACGACAUUGGAAGAGGCCGUCCAGCGCAGAAUUCUCAACGUAAGGAGACAGCGUCAGAGGACACAUCAGAAGGAAUAGUUGCCGUCAGAUCCCCAGGUCCUUCUUCUAGGCAACAAGAGCGAGAUGAUCUAUUGCGUAAAUACCAGCUCUCACCAACGGAGAUCAUGCCGAAUCGAUAUACGGAUCAUCCCCAACCCUCUCGACCAAUUACGUCGAUGUCGGCGAACCGUACAAAUGUCACACAUCGAAUCGACUAUUCUGUCCGUUCGCCAUCGAGCUUGAGCAAUGCAUCGUCGGUCAGGCGUGCGAUAAACCUCCCUCACCGUUUGAUCAUGGAUUUGACUGGCAAUGAUUCAGAUGUCUUCUCGGAAGCGUCUGCUACGUCUACCUACAGCUCGUCCCCUGUGGUAGAGCAAGCUAAAUUUGACACGAUGCGAAGAAUGCAGGGCACCGUAAUGACGAGUCCGAGGCCCGAAGCUGACAGAGACGUGCCGCGAACGGAUUCUUUGCUCUCUGAGCAGAUGUCGUCUUCUGCUGAGACGGCGCCAUCGCAGCCGCAAACACACGAUGUGACACAAUCAUCAGCGUCACAACCUCUCGCAGGAAUUACUCGUCUCACAAGCGGGUUUUCGCCUGUCAGCACUGUUGCAUCCUUGCCGCCCCGUGCGAGUAUCUACUUAGAAUCACCCGUCAAGUCCGUCGCUGCUGGGACGAGGAACCUCGUGGUAUCAGCCGGUCCACAAACAAUGGGAGAGUCCGCACACCACGUCCCAAGCGGACAACACUUUUCAGACGAUCGUCGCUAUGAAGACGAAAAGGAGGCUGUAAUACAACACGAACCACCGUCCACAGCACUCACCCCUGACUCACCUGCUCGGAGAGGGGCAUUGAAAGAAGUCUCCAUGGCUGGAAGGGGACCAAACCACAACGAUCCUGCGAAAAUCCCGCAACUUGACGGAGCUUCGGUUCAAGCAGGGGAACAAUCUAGCCCGCCAAUCGCUAGGCAAUCCAAUGUGCAUACAACACCUGGAAAGCUUCAAUCAAUUGACGUUGUCGAUCCGAGUCAAGCCUCUGGCGUAACUGCCCGCGACUUUGCAAGCACCAGUACCAUGUUUCCCCUCACAAGUGCCACCAAAUCCACCGUACUAAACAGCGAGGGAAAGCCCAAGUCUGUAAGGAGUAAUCGGACUAGGUCUGCGACCCAUGAUCCCAACAGUGGCAGAAGCUCGGGGAAGAGUCCUAAGCUCAACAUGUACCAGUCAACCUUUGAUGAAUCCGGGUUCGCUCAGAAGCAGGCCGAAGCUCGCGCUGCUUUGAUCCGGCUCCAAGAGAGUUUGAAUGAGAACUUUCUCCCAACACCAUCUCCUGCACCGCUCGUACAAAGCUCCAGAACCAAUACUCCGAAACACAACUUCUCCUUUAGCGAUGGGAAACCCGUGGCUCCAUCCACCAUUUUCGCUCAGGUCGGAAGCUCAUCGCCAGUGUCACCAGCGGUUGAGCAGACGACGAAGGAGAAUACAUCGAACGCUACUUAUCAUUCUCUGACGACAAUGUCGGAUACCGAAAAUAUACCCAAUGGCGUUACUCCCAAGGCUUCUGUGCUGAACGUCGAAGAUCGUGGUAGGAGUAAAGGGGCAGAGCUGGAUGGUCCUGGCCCGUCCAUUGUAGGCCUUGAGGCAUUGAACAAACCUUUACCGAUGCCGCCACCGCUACACGUCAACGGCAUUCGCUUCACCAAGCAGCAUCAACCGGUGCCACCUAGUCCCGGCGAGGUAUCUCUGUCGAGUUUUCCCAUUCCAGUCUCAUCUCCACGACAAUCCCAGGCUUCAUCUGCACAGGCUUCGUCCUCGAGACAGAGAGCGAAUUCGGCGGAUCCACAAUCUGGUCAAUCCAUCACGUCACAAUCACAGUACAAAUCUCACCACUCACACCAGAGCAGCAGUGGUGGUACAGGUCGUGGAUUGCGCCGUCAGUCCAGCCUGCGAAGCCAGGCCAGCAGUGCUUCGGCGUUCAGCAUUCCUUACCACAUGAUCCCCGACCGGUCGAGCAGUAUUCGCGACCGAUCUGUCAUGGAGGAGUCGGAAUAAGCGCGGACUUUUCUUGGAGCAUGCAUUCGAUGCAGUCCAAUGUCACGCCGAUUCUCUUGAAUUGUGCUUUGUGGAUAUCGGAGUCGCAAGCGUCGUUCGUAAAAGAGAGGUCCAAAUGCGUGUUUGGUGUUCUGGCAUGUGUCCUACCACUUUUACAAUAUUGAUGAAAUGACAUAUUUCUCUCUUAUGUAGCCUUUUUGAGCUAUUCCGGCGAAUUUGGAAAGAGGAUGAUCUGGAUC